AUGGCUUUAGACUUUGCUGCUGGUUGUUUAGGAGGUUGUGCCGGCGUUAUCGUUGGAUUCCCGUUCGAUACGGUGAAGGUGCAUCUGCAGACGCAAAACCAUAAGAACCCAAUGUACCGCGGCACGGCCGACUGCUUCCGAAAGAUUAUCGUGCGCGAGGGCGUCCAUGGACUGUACCGGGGGAUGUCCAGCCCGAUGGCGGGCGUUGCCGUGGUGAAUGCGAUCGUGUUUGGUGUGUACGGAAACAUACAGCGACGUACCACCAAUCCGGACUCGUUGUACUCGCACUUCCUGGCGGGAACGGCCGCUGGCUUAGCCCAGAGCAUCGUCUGUUCACCGAUGGAGCUAAUCAAAACGCGACUCCAGCUGCAGGAUAAUCUACCGCGCGGUGCAGAACGGUUUAGCGGGCCGGUGGAUUGUACCAGAAGCAUCUGGCGCCGAGAAGGUGCUCGGGGAAUUUUUCGCGGACUGGGCAUUACGGCAGCACGUGAUAUGCCGGGAUUUUCCAGCUAUUUCGUAGCUUACGAGUAUAUGGUAAGGUGCGUUGCAAAUCCAUCACCGUUCGUUAUUCUAAUGGCAGGUGGAUUUGCUGGUACCUUCUCCUGGCUCGUAACCUUCCCACUCGAUGUCGUCAAAUCGCGCCUUCAAGCGGACGGCAUCUCCGGAAAGCCUCAGUACAGUGGGUUGAUCGAUUGCGUAAGGAAAAGCCACGCCGCCGAAGGUCUUGCCUUCUUGUCCCGGGGGCUCGCGUCCACGUUGCUGCGUGCAUUUCCAAUGAAUGCCGUCUGCUUCCUGGUCGUUUCGUACACGAUGAAACUGUUUGACGAUCCUAAGCUCACAAGCGUGGUCGAACUUGGAGCAAGUGCUGCCGCAACGGUUGAACCACCGCUACUGAUCGUUCCCACAGUCACCGGUGCUCCAGUGCUCCAAACAACUUCCACAACCGGCCACAAACGAAUAGCGCACGAUCACGAUAGCCACCUGCUCAACAUCAAGCAAAACACCUACCGAUUCCUGCGUUCACUCGGGGCGUUCAGUGAGGCAGUCUGCUGUGCCGAGAUGGGAGAACUGGCGGACGAUCUGUACGAUAGCAACCCGGACGAGCGGUUAGGGGCAAACUACGCCAAGCUGAACGAACUGCUGCUCAGCACGGACCCGGAGGACACUAGCAAUCGUUACCCUUUUUUGGGCGACUAA